AUGCCACCACCAAUCCGCAGGCUGGUGCUCCAGCGUCACAGGCCCAGGGCCGUGCCGGGUUUAAUCCACGCCAGCCCGUCACUUACAACACACGCCCGCCACACGUCAUCGUCGACGACAGGAACAGCAACAGAAACAACAACACCACAGUCAGAUUCCGCCAAGACAUCCUCACCCUUUGGUCCAUGGCGCAAGCUACCCCCGACCGAACCCCUGCGCAUCCUCUUCUGCGGCUCCGAUGAGUUCAGCUGCGCAUCCCUGCGGGCGCUGCACAAGCUGCAGGCGGACAAGCCCAAGCUGAUCAAGUCGAUCGACGUGCUGGUGCGGCCGGGCAAGCCCGCGGGGCGCGGCCUCAGGCGGAUCGCGACGGGGCCCCUGUUCAACCUGGCCGAGGAGCUGGGGCUGCCGGUGCACAAGCGCGACACCUUCACGGGGUGGGAGCUGCCGCCCCCCGGCCACGUCCGGCACCACGAGACGGGCGAGGUGCGGCGGCACCCGGCGGCGCACGAGAACUCGCACCGCCAGCCCUUCAACCUGGCCAUCGCCGUCAGCUUCGGCCUCUUCGUGCCGCCGCGCGUGCUGCGCUCCCUGCGCUUCGGCGGGCUCAACGUCCACCCCUCCAUGCUGCCCGACCUGCGCGGGCCCGCGCCCCUGCAGCACGCCCUGCUGCGCGGCAGGACCCACGCCGGCGUAACCCUGCAGACCCUGCACGAGAAGGACUUUGACCGCGGCGCCGUCCUCGCCCAGACGCCCUGGCCGGGGCUGCCCGUGCCCGAGGGCUGCGACGUGCGCCAGCUGCACGACCUGCUCGCCGAGAAGGGCGCCGGGCUCCUCGUCGGCGCGCUCGAGAGGCGCCUCUUCGUCCCGCCGCUGCAGCUGGUCGGGUGGCAGCCCACGGAAGAGGACCUGGAUCGCGGCCUCGUCCACGACGCGCCCAAGGUGAGGAAGCUGGACUCCAUGGUCGACUGGGCGUGCUGGACCUGGGGCAGGGACAAGACGCUGUACCCGGAUGGCUGGACCGCCGCCGAUCUGGCGAGGAGGUUCCGCGCCGUCGGCGUCAAGCUCCCCGGCGAGGGGAACACGGGCAUGUGGACGCACGCCGUCACGCGGGUGGCCCCACAGGAAAAGCGGCUCAUCUUCGAGGACGUCGAGGCCGUCGAGUGCCCCGAGAGCCUGAGGGAGGUGGUGCUGACCAUCGCGCAGGCCAAACUGUCGGGGCCGGCGCCGUGGCUGGUGGAGCAGACGAGGAGUCAACAGCUGCCAGCAAACAUCCAGAACGUGGUCUUCGCGGAGAUGGAUGCUCUCGAUACGCAAAAGGUGGCCGACUUCAGGCUGCCGUACCUGGCGGACGAGUACACUGAUGUCAUCAUUCCUAUCAAGGUACCAUACCGUAUCAUCGAUGGGCAAGUGAGCCCCGCGCAUGAGAAGGGCCAACUGGACGCCAUCAGAAUCAAAAAGAUCAAGGUUGAGGGUAUGAACAGCAAGCUGGCCGCCCAUGCCAUAUCCCAUUUCAAGGAGCCCAAAUUGAACGUCAGAGAUAUCUCGACGAUGGACUACAGCAUGGAGACUCUCACGAAACUCGUCGAAUAA